AUGUGUAGACUUACCUCCAACUGCUGUGAGGCUCUGGCCCCAGCUCUCAGCUCUAAUUCCCAACACCUGAGAGAGCUGGAACUGAGUAACAAUGAUUCAGGAGUGAAGCUGCUUUCUGCUGGACUGGCGAAUGCACACUGUAAACUUGAGAUACUGAGGUUGUCCUUCUGUGGAGUCAAAGAGGAAGGCUGUGCUUCUCUUGCCUCAGCGCUGAAGUCAAACCCCUCACACAUGAGAGAGCUAGACCUGAUCUUCAAAUGCCCAGGAGACUCUAGAGAGAGACUGCUCUCUGCUAGAUUGAAGGACCCACACUUCAAACUCAAUAUGGACCGUGGAGAGUGCAGGGCCGAUAAACCUGGGCAAAAGAGAUAUGCCCGUGAGCUCACACUGGACACACGCACAGUACACAAACUGCUCUCACUGCCUGAGAAGAGAAAGGUGCCACGGGAGAAAGAGGAGUAUCCUGAUCACCCAGAUAUAUUUCGGAUAGAGCCACAGGUGCUGUGUAAAGAGGAGCUGUCUGUGCGCUGUUACUGGCAGGGGUCAGAGUCAGACGGCAUGUGA